GGACACGGCUCCAUCUGGGGGUGGCAGGGAGGCAGCCGCUCCGCCGGGGCCACGUGUGGGUGGAGGCGGCUCCACCCAUGCCACCAUCUUUGGUGUGAUUGCUGGCACUAGCAUCAGCUGAGAAGUCCAAUUCUCCAGGGCUUUUGAGACCAUGUCUCAAGUGUGGUGGGUCCAUCCAUGUUCAGCUCUCCUGGCUGCUUUCUCUGCAAUCCCAGAUGGGUGUUAUGAACAGCAAAGUCCAAAGGCAGCGGCUGUGCUAACUGGGCUUCCUGUCAAAGAGAUUUCACAAGACACCGUAUCCUGGUCACAUACUGGUUUAAAUAUACAUCUUCUCCCUGCUACGUUGAAAAUGAACAAGGUAAGAAUCCCAAGCAAUUCAAAGGGAAAUAACUGAGUAUUCCCUCGGCUUUGGCUCUUAUUCUUGCCAAGGCUAAUGACAGAAGUAAUUACAGCUGUGAAAUAAUAACUAAUAUCUUUAUUUUUGUAACUAACUGACAAGUAGUGAAAUAGCUAAUGUUGAUUGGAAGUAUUUGUGAAAAUGGCUAGAAUGUCUGUAUGAUAAAUUUGAAAAGAGCCAGGCAAGUAACACUGAAAAAGAAAGGAGGAAUCUACCACUGACCCUUCAGCUGUCAAUAACUCUAACCACAGACCAGGGGGCCUAGUGAGGAAAUAAAAUACAAGACUCUGAAAAUCACAUAUGCAUUGUGGCAUGUACUCUAGGAAGAUGAGGUCAGGGGUUGAACAAAGAUAAAGAAUUCCUGGAACAUGUAAACUCAAAGGAAUGUUUGAAUAUAUGUAAUUGUCAUAAAUAUGCAUUUGACUAAUGCAUAUUGUAAUUGUCAUAAAUAUGCAUUUGACUAAUGCAAUGAAAAAGUAUAUAAGAAGAGUUGUUACAGUUAACUGUGUGCAACUGGCUAUGCACCCAUUGCUGUUACUUUUGCUUUAUCCCUUAUUAUAUAAUUAUUUAAAAAUUUUAAAGAGUGAGCCUUGUUUCUCACACUGAUCAAAUAGUUGCUGAAGCUGCUAGAAAUUCCUCUGGCCUCCCUGCCAGCCAGCAUACCUCUUCCAGAGGAUAUCCAAGCCCUCAUGUCCAGGGCAUCACAGUAAAAUACACCCAACACCCCAGGUAAGGACAUAGGGCCCAAGAUCAUUUCCCUGCCUUGCAAUCUCCUUUGUUGUCUGGCUAUUAACUUUAGCUGGGCACCCCUCAUUAGCUCAUUUUGCUAAAACAAGGCAGUUCAACAUCUUGAAGAAGAUUGUCUCUGACAAUCCUUGAAAGUCCCAGUGACUCCCAUGGAGCCCUCCCAACAGCUGCAGGGUCAAAGCUCCUAGCAUCCGCAGUUUACUGCCCUUUGUUAAACAGUUCUCCUCUCUUUCUUGUGCCCCACUACCUUUAAUUAUCUCCAAUUCCUCUGGUGAAAAAGACAGCCGCAGCACCUUUAGGCAAAUUCACCGCCUCCAACAAGUGAGUAAUUGAGGACUCCAGAGGGAAUGUUUUUCCCUGCAGGUUAAUGAACCUCACUCCUCCCAGUUUUCCAAACACUGUAAAACCCAUGUACAUACCUGAAAUCUGUAAAUAUUCUACUACCAAGCUAACUUGCGUUUAGAAUUCCAGCUGAAGUCAGUGCUGCUGCUAAGAGAAGGAAAAUUAUUUGGUGAAAGUUGUCUUUUUUAAUUUGAAGUGUAAUUUAAAGUUUCUGUAAAAGAUACCUCAUAGGAUCCCCAUAUGUGCUGUUCCAAUAACUCACUUAGAAAUAAACUUUACACUAUUUUGCAUAUGAUGAAGGGCAAUGCCAAGCUGAGAUGCUUGUGAAAUGCUGAGAUUUGGCAAAGGAAUGUACCAGCUUCAUGUUCAAAUGGCAAUAGCCUUGUUGCUUUCAGUAGAACUGCUCAAUUAAAGCAGAUAAGAACUGGAAGGUUCAGUUUCUAACCCCUAGUUUGACUGUAAAUGCCAUAAUAGGCUUAAAUGGAAGUCAGGUUUUACUUGUAUGGUCUGCAAUUUAUUCACUUCUGGUUUCUUCAGUCUGACACAGCCUCAGUGGCUGUGGGAGAAGAAUGCAGCUCACAUCUAGUGAAGAUCUGAUUGGUUCCAUUUUUCAUCUCCAGCUGCUCAUUCAUUUUGCAAAGUCUUUGAGGAGAUUCUUGUAGCUUUGCUCAAUAAUAUUUUAGGGAACUACAGGAAAUACUGUUCAGACACGAGAAAAUCCUGUUUUAAUGUUGAGGAUGAUCAAGCACUAGAGAGGCUGCCCAGAGCCGUGGCUGAGUUUCUGUGCCUGGAGAUGCUCAGGCUGCCUGGACAGGGCCCUUGGCAACCUGCUUUGACUGAGCCUGCUUCAUGCAGGAGCACAGGGCAGGUGAUGUCCAGUCCUCCCUUGCAGCCCCAGCUGUUCUGUGAUUCUCUAUUAGUCCAGAGCUUUUCAGACUGCUUUGAGUUAGGGAUAGGUUCUCUUCAAACAUGUUUGCAUCUCUCCUGGUACACAGCAAAACUCUUGGAAUGGGUCUUUACAAGCCUUGGCUCCGAGUUGCUUUUCAGUUCCAUAGGAUUUCUGAGCUCUCUAUGUACAUGGCUCAUUUAUUUCCAGGAUGUUGCUGCCCUCAGCUUUGGCUGGUUUUGUGUGUAGAUUCGAUAGGAACAGUUUGUUGUUGUGCAGUGAACUGGUGCACAUAUACACGGUCUCAGUUGUUUGCCCAAGUCUAACCUGGUUCAUUUCUGUUAAUGCAGAAAAGCAGAGAGUGAACCUGGAUGAAGAUUUUUUUGCAAAGAGGGUGAUACGGUACAGUGCUUCUAUUUUAAUGUUACAGAGCAGUGGAUAUUUUCCUCAUGAACUUUUUGCUUACAGUGCAGAUCCUGCUGCUGUCUUACUGCUGAUGUUGGACCAGAAUGUGUGAGUCAGCACAGGCUGGCACAAACUCCCAGUCAGAGCACAAUGAGUAGAUUUGUUUCUGUUACCUUGCUCCUUGUGGGGCCCCAAAGCAGCACCUGGGCAGAGGCGCAGUAUUAGAGAAGUUGUCACCCUUAAACUCAGCUAGUGCCAGAGGAUCCCUGCCUUGUCAAGGGUUAUUUCCAGCUGCGAGGUCACUUGAGUGCUUUACAGUCCUCCUUACCAGUCUUCCACUUUUAAUCCAUUCCUCCCAACAAAUAUUUUUCAAAAUCCUUCUGGUCCCAUGAUCUUUGCUGUUUUGAGCAUUUUGUUACUCUGAUGGGUCAGCUCAUUAAAAACCCCAAAUCAAAUUGACCUCAUGGAUGUGCAUUUGGUGUUUUUUUAAUAAUGUUCUUUAAUUAUCACGGCAGCUCCCUACCGGGCUGUGCCCAGUGGGUUGCUGGAGCCGGGAUAACUCAGCGGGAGCUCAGGCCACCUAAGCAAGCUAUAGUGAUUUUCAGCUCUUAGUGAUUAUCAGCUCUUAGUGAUUUCAGCUCGUAGCUUGCUAGGUGCCGCAGCAGCAGAUGCAGGGGGAGAGAGGAGAAGGCCGUGGGGGGUUCCACAGGAUUCUUUAUUCUUCGGGAGUUACGCGAAGGUUCCCAGUGACAGCUCUUCUGCUGAAUCAGGCAGAAUCAGGGGUUUUGAUACCCUACAGGGGUUUUGAAAACUGCCCAAUAGUAAGGGUCAGGGGAAAGUGACCUAUGGGCUUACAGAAAGAUAAGCAGGGUCCGAAGGAGUCAGAGAGGGGCUGCUAGGGUCCAGUCAUGCUGACUUGGCAUUUCCUAGCUUUAGGCCUCUGACCGCCAAGGGCCUGGGCCUGCUACAUUUAAUGUUCAGGAAGAGGUUGGAGAAGGUGGGAAUCUAUACACUUCAGCCACCAUGUCUGGGAUUGGCAAUAAACGGAUGGCUGGAGAGCCUGGUCCUUCUGCACCUCCAGAGAAGAAGGCAGGGGUUGAAGAUUCAGGCACCACUGUCGAGACCAUUAAACUUGGUGGUGUUUCUUCAACGGAGGAGCUGGACAUCCGGGCCCUGCAGACCAAGAACCGGAAGCUGGCGGAGAUGCUCGACCAGCGCCAGGCCAUCGAAGAUGAGCUGCGGGAGCACAUUGAGAAGCUGGAGCGUCGGCAGGCCACCGACGAUGCCUCUCUGCUGAUCAUCAACCGCUACUGGAAUCAGUUUGAUGAAAAUAUCCGCAUCAUCCUUAAACGCUUUGACCUGGACCAAGGUCUUGGAGACCUUUUGUCUGAAAGAAAAGCACUGGUGGUGCCAGAACCUGAACCAGACUCUGACAGUAAUCAGGAGCGCAAAGAUGAGAGGGAACGAGGGGAAAGACUGGAGCCAGCAUUCUCCUUUCUGGCCACUCUAGCCAGCAGUACCAGUGAGGAGAUAGAAUCUCAGCUGCAGGAACGCGUGGAGUCCUCCCGCCGUGCUGUUGCCCAGAUUGUGACAAUGUAUGACAAGCUGCAGGAGAAGGUGGAUGUGCUGUCUCACAAGCUGAAUAGUGGAGAUAUUUCACUGAUGGAACAAGCAGUAGUGGAGCUUAAUUCCUAUCUGUCAUUUAAGAAUGAACGGCUGCAGGAGCUGGCUGAUGUUCUUCAGGAGAAGCAUACAAAGGAGAGAGAAAGAAUCUUUUGAUUGCAGUUCUCCAAGCUGCAAGAGAGGGUGGAGACAGCAGAAUCCCGGGUGUCUGUCCUGGAGACCAUGAUUGAUGACCUUCAGUGGGACAUUGACAAGAUCCGCAAGAGAGAGCAGAGGCUCAACCGCCACCUGGCCGACGUCCUGGAGCGAGUAAAUUCCAAAGUGUAUGGAGCUGGGAGCAGCCUCUAUGGGGGAACAAUCACCAUUAAUGCCCGCAAGUCUGCGGAGAUGAAUGCAGAGCUGGAAGAGAAUAAAGAGCUUGCUGGGAAUCGCCUUAAUGAAUUGGAGGAACUACGUCAGGAUCUUGAGGAAGUAACAACACAGAAUGAAAAGCUCAAGGUGGAGCUGCGACGGGCAGUGGAAGAGGCUGUGAAGGAGACCCCAGAAUAUCGCUGCAUGCAGUCCCAGUUUUCUGUUUUGUAUAACGAGAGUCUCCAGCUGAAGGCACACCUUGACGAGGCCCGCACACUGCUCCACGGCACCCGCGCCACGCACCAGCGCCAGGUGGAGCUGAUUGAGAGGGAUGAGGUCAGCCUUCACAAGAAGCUGCGCACUGAGGUGAUUCAGCUGGAGGACACCCUGGCACAAGUUCGCAAAGAAUAUGAGAUGUUGAGGAUAGAGUUUGAACAGACACUUGCUGCCAAUGAGCAAGCAGGCCCCAUUAAUCGGGAGAUGCGCCACCUCAUCAGCAGCCUCCAGAAUCAUAACCACCAGCUGAAGGGAGAGGUGCUGAGAUACAAGCGCAAACUGAGAGAGGCCCAGUCUGACCUGAGCAAGAUCCGCUCUCGCAGUGGCAGUGCUCUCCUCCAGUCCCAGUCCAGCACUGAAGACACAAAGGAGGAACCUGCAGAGAUCAAGCAGGAGCCUGAUGAUCCUUCUGCCCAAGUGACUGUUCCCAAGGCUCCUUCUGAAGAUGUUAAUGAGAUGAAGGCCAGGCGAGAUGAAGAGGAACGGGAGCGGGAGAGACGGGAAAGGGAGAGGGAGCGAGAGAAGGAAAAGGAGAAGGAGAGAGAACGAGAAAAAGAGAAAGAGAAGGAAAAGGAACGAGAGCGGGAAAAGCAGAAGCAGAAGGAAUCAGAGAAGAGAGAGUCCAAAGAGAAGGAGAAAGGGAAGCAUGAAGAUGGACGAAAGAAGGAGGCUGAAGUGAUCAAGCAGCUGAAGGCUGAGCUCAAGAAGGCCCAGGAGAGCCAGAAGGAGAUGAAACUAUUGCUGGAUAUGUACUGCUCUGCCCCCAAAGAACAGAGGGACAAAGUGCAGCUGAUGGCAGCUGAGAAGAAGGCAAAAGCUGAGGAGGAGGAGGCCCUGCUGUCGGAGAUGGAUGUCACAGGCCAAGCCUUUGAAGACAUGCAAGAGCAGAACAUCCGCCUGAUGCAGCAGCUGCGGGAGAAGGAUGAUGCCAACUUCAAGCUGAUGUCAGAACGUAUCAAGUCCAACCAGAUCCAUAAGCUGCUGAAAGAGGAAAAGGAGGAGCUAGCAGACCAAGUUUUGACACUGAAAACACAGGUGGAUGCCCAGCUGCAGGUUGUACGUAAGCUGGAGGAGAAGGAACACUUACUGCAGAACAGCAUUGGAACAGGAGAGAAGGAGCUGGGUCUGCGAACACAGGCUCUGGAGAUGAACAAACGCAAGGCCAUGAAUGCAGCCCAGCUUGCAGAUGAUCUGAAGGCCCAGCUAGAACUGGCUCAGAAGAAGUUACAUGAUUUUCAGGAGGAGAUUGUGGAAAACAGAGUAACUAGAGAGAAAGAGAUGUUCAACUUCAAAAGGGCUGAGGAAGAUAUUUCUAGGUUGCGCAGGAAGCUGGAGACCACAAAGAAGCCUGACAUGGUUCCCAACUGUGAUGAGAUCCUGAUGGAGGAAAUCAAGGAUUACAAGGCCCGCCUGACGUGCCCCUGCUGCAACAUGCGCAAGAAGGACGCGGUGCUCACCAAGUGCUUCCACGUCUUCUGCUUCGAGUGUGUGAAGACGCGCUACGACACCCGGCAGCGCAAGUGUCCCAAGUGCAACGCGGCCUUCGGGGCCAACGACUUCCACAGGAUCUACAUCGGCUGAGGCCUCUCAGAGCCCCUGCUGGUGCUGAGCCAGCCUCCCUCCCUCCCUCUCAGCUUCUGCUGCCAGAGCUGCAGUGUCUCCUGGGAGGUGCCUUCGGGGUCUCAGAAGAAACACACUCUGGACCUUGCUUCCUUUCUUGGCCCUGUCCCUUUGGUCUUGCCCUCAGUUUUUGAGUGUUCUUUGUGCCUGAGAGGAAAUUUCCCAUCCCUCACUUUCACACUGCCAAGGUGGGAACGUGCAGUUGAAGUGCUGCUUUGGUGGGAUGGAAGCUGAGCUGUAGCAGAGAUUAGUGAGAGCUUCAUUUAAGGGCUCUGCUUUGGAUGCUAAUUAAGUCCCGCCAAGGAAAUUAAUAUGUAGACUCAAUGGAGCAGCUCCUUAGGUACCUGUAUAUCUUCCUGAGCCCAGGCAAGAACCCCUGAGGGCUGGUGCACUAGGAAACAAUCCUCCCUAGCCCUGAACAAACACAGCUAAAUAUCCAGAAGAGGAGAAAGGAGAGAUCUUGGAGACCCUUAGAAAAUAGCAUUCCAUUGAUUAGCCCUGGUUGAUGUGCUCACAGUCUCCUAGGCUGAGGCAUUGCUGUCAUCCUUCUCAGAAAAGGACUUUUAGUGGUUCCUUUGCUACAGCUUUACCACAAAGAUUAACCUUGUUAUGUACAAAUUCUUAUUAAAGUUGUUGUUUGGUUUAUUUUUCUGGUU